AUGCCAUGUCAAAGCUAUUCUGGGCAUGUGGCUCGCUGGCCUUUCCGUCUCUCCUCAGGUCUAUAUAAACUCUUUCAUCCCCCCAUCUCUCAACCUAAUCUCUCUUCAUCACAAUCACAUCAACAACCUCAGAUCAAGACAACUCACAACUCUUCAAACCAAACCAAACCAAACCAAACCAACAUCACAAUGGAUUCCAUCAAGCAGGGUGCCAACUUCGUUUCCGAGAAGGUCCAGCAGGCUACCUCUGGUACCGAGAAGGAGGCCAACAAGCAGGUCGCCAAGGACUCUGAUGCCUCCGUCGGCACUCGCGCCUCCGCUGCCAAGGACGCCCUGGGCAACAAGGUUGACGAGAGCAAGCACGACGCCAAGGGCGAGGCCCACAAGCAGGCUAUCUAA